AUGCUCUUCGCUGAUGAUAGUUAUGUCUUCUGUAGAGCUAAUACUCGGGAAGCUGAUUCUAUUAUGGAGUUACUACAUCUUUAUGAGCAAGCUUCGGGUCAAAGAGUGAAUUUUGAGAAAUCAUCUGUUUUCUUCAGUUCUAAUACUGAAGCUUCUGUGAGAGAUUUUCUCUGUGGACAGUUAGGGAUUUAUGAAGCCGAUGAUAACAUCACCUAUCUCGGUCUGCCAAAUAUCAUGGGCCGAAAGAAAACUACCAUUUUAGGUUUUCUUAAGGACAAAUUACAAAAGCGUAUUCAAGGGUGGGAAGGUCGCUUACUCUCUCGUGCAGGGAAGGAGGUCUUACUAAAAACUGUUGCACAAGCUAUUCCUAACUAUGCAAUGAGUGUCUUUCUGCUUCCGGUGGAAACCAGUAAGGAAUUAGAAGGUAUUAUGGCUAAAUUCUGGUGGAGAACAGGCUAUUCGAAUACAAGGAAUAUUAGUUGGAUGAGCUGGGGGUGCAUGUGUAGACACAAACAUGCAGGUAGAUUGGGCUUCAGAAGCCUUCAUGAUUUUAAUUUAUCUUUACUGGGAAAGCAAGGGUGGCAGCUCCUUACAAAUGAAUCUUCUUUGAUUGGAAAGGUGUUUAAGGCUCGUUACUACCCAAAUAAAACAUUUCUGGAUGCUAGUUUGGGUAAUAAUCCCAGCUUUGUUUGGCGGAGUGUGCAUGAGGCGCAUGCUAUUGUUCGGGGGGUGCUCGAAGGACGGUGGGAGAUGGUUCUACGAUCUCAAUUUUACAUGAUCCUUGGUUACCUUGCCCUGUAG